AUUUAUUUCUAAACAUGGAAACCAGGUAAUGGAGAGACUGUCUAAUUUGUUAGGAUUCGUUUCAUAAGAAUAUCUAAGAAUAUUUUGUGAAAUAUGGAUGUACAGGCAGAUAUGUUUCACCCUGGAACACAAACAACCAAAUCACCGCAAAUAUCACCCAGGAGAGAAAUCCGAGCACUUCCACGAGAAUCAAUACCACCAGAAACAAGAACGCCACGACAGACGUUUUUAUACACUGAUAUUGACAAGUAUACAAAGACUGGAAAUGAAGAAUUAUCCAAUGGACAUAUGAAUAAAGCUACAGAGGCAUUUGAACACGCUUAUAACAGAGCAGUUGAAUUAAGUGAAGCAUUCACAGUGAGAGCAUGUGCUUUUAAUCUUGGUGCCGUCUACAUAGCUACCGGACAACCACAAAGAGGAAUUGAGCUGCUUGAAAAAGCUGUGCCGCCUGAAAACACUAAAGACAGCGAAUCUAAUGGAGACUUGUUUUAUAACUUUGGACUUGCACAUUAUGCGCUACAGAGCUACAACGAAGCAAUCCAGAAUUAUGAGAAAGCUAUUCAAGAAUACACAGAAGAGAGAAAUGUCCUCAUGGUGUCCGAGACUCACUGUAAACUAGGCACUGUCUAUAAAUAUCUCAAGAAAUUUUCACAGGCUGAACAGGAAUAUCAAAAAGCAGCAGAGAAAUAUAGAGAUGUGAAUGAUGUGUUGAAACAAAUUACUGUACUUUGUGACCAGGCAAAAUGUUUGAUGCACACCAAGGAUACUAUCUCCACUAUUAAAAUAUUGGAUGAUUGUUUACAAUUGUGCGGUCAACAAGAACAAAUCAGUAAAUUAGGUAAAAUUUAUCAUGAUUUAGGACUUGGUUACGUACAGAUCAAAGAAUUCUCCAAGGCAGUGCAGUGCUUUGAACUCGCCUUACCAUUAGUAAGGGGCAUACAUGGUGAUAAGAAGAGAGAGGCAGUGAUAUUACAAAACCUAGGUGCUGUUUAUAACUCACUCGGUGAUUAUCAGAGAGCCUUGAGAUUCCAUGAAACUGCUGCGUCAUUACACAAUGAGUUGGGUGAUAGAAAUGGACAAGGGCAGUGUUUCAGUAACUUGGCAUUUGCAUUUAGUCAACUUGGAGAUUAUGAGUCAGCUGGGGAGUCUUAUUUGCACUCUUUACAGGCAGCUAAGGAUGCAGGUGACAAGAAAUCACAAUGGCAGUCAUACGAAGGACUUGCAGCUGUCAGCUUCCAACAAGGCAACAUAGAGAAAGCUAUAUCACAAUACAAACAUGCACUAAUGAUCUUAUCACAGUCUCAUCAAAUGGACACUGUUGAUCAGGAACGAUUGGUAGCUAAACUAAGUGAUGCAUUAGAGUACCAAAUAGCUGGUAGCUAUAGGGUGUGGGGUGACAGACAUGUGCAGCCUGUCAGAAAACACCAACUCAGAAUGGGUGACAACACAGUUACUAGUAAUACAGCCACUAUGACCAGUCCCAAUAGAUUUGUACCCACCAUUAUAGAAACUCAGGCAUCUAUACGAGAAUAUCGACCAGCCUCACGAGGAAAAUCAAAGAAAAGAAGAAAGAAGCGGUUUGGUGAAAGACAUCAAGCUAGUAGUGAUGAAGAAAACUUCCAAACAAUAGCACUUGGCAUGGAGGAAUACAGCACCGAUUCUGAUAUGUCAGUCAUCCGUGCUAGAACACAGUCAAACUCAUCAGUUGCAAGCAGUCCAACAAAGCGUAUUGAAAGAAAACCUAUGAAUGGUGUGACCAAACAAGUUAUUGUUGCAAAAGAAGAUGUAAAACAACCCAUUGUUACCAGUCAAGCAAAGAAAUCUACAUCUAAGACAAAACACUUAGUUGAUUAUCAACUGGGUAGCAGUAGUAGUAGCAGCUCGUUAGUGUCAGUUACUAGUGCUACUGGUAGUGAUGAGAAUGAUUUAACUAUGACAGCAGCAACAACUACUGAUAAGAGAAAUUUGGGUGCAACGUAUGAAGAACCAAAAAAGUCCGAUGAGAUUGAUGAAACACAGAGAGUAACACCUCCUUAUUCUACUGUCAAGAAACGAAAUUCAAAAAAACAUAAACAAGUUAUGAUUUAUUCCCCUAGCACUGACGAUAGUAGCUGUGAUACUGACAGUGGUUCUGAAAGUUCUAUUCAAAAAGGUAAAGAACAAGCCAAUGAAACAUUAUAUGAAACCUUGCCAAUGGGUACAUUGGGUAAUACAGUGCCAAUACGAGAGCCUCCACCACCACCAUCAAAGGAACCACCUGCUUUACCAAAGAGACAACCAACAAUGGUAAAAGAUGGAAACUUUUCAACUUUUCCAACAUCCCCACUAGAAGAGAUGCCGAGAGGUAACAGGGAAAGAACAUUGUAUGACAUGGCCAAUCAGGACCAAACUGUUAACGUAGCAACAACAUCAUCCAAUGAUAACACUCAACCUGUAAGCAAGACAUUUUACCUGUAUACAGUGUUGUUAGUUGAUGUGGUAGGUCCAUGGUUGGGAUGGAGCACACUGUUCUAA